AUGUCAGCUCACGAGUCUUCCGGCCAGCCGCCUAUGCUCUCCAGGCGUCCGUCUCGGAGUGCUGCCACUACCUUCUCUAUGGAGGUGUUUGACAAUGAGGUGGUUCCUGCAUCUCUCAACACCAUCGCUCCUAUCCUACGUGUAGCUACUGAACUCCAGAUCGAGCGUCCUCGAGUAGCAUAUCUAUGUCGAUUCUAUGCAUUCGAGAAAGCACACAGGUUGGAUCCUAGCUCGACAGGACGAGGCGUCAGACAAUUCAAGACGCUGCUUCUCCAGCGAUUAGAGCGGGACGAUGCGCCAAGUUUGGCAGCCCGAGUGAAGAAAACCGAUGCACGAGAAAUUGAGAGCUUCUAUCAGCAAUAUUACGAACGUUAUGUUCGAUCACUUGAUCAAGGAGAGCAAGCCGAUAGAGCUGUACUCGGAAAAGCUUACCAGACAGCUGGAGUUCUUUUUGAAGUUCUCUGCGCGGUCAACAAGAGUGAAAAAGUUGAAGAAGUUGCUCCUGAGAUUAUCGCUUCUGCAAAAGAUGUUCAGGCUAAAAAGGAGAUUUAUACUCCAUACAACAUUCUUCCCCUUGAUUCUGCUGGAGGAUCACAGUCCAUUAUGCAGCUCGAAGAGGUUAAGGCUUCUGUGGGUGCACUAUGGAAUAUUCGUGGCUUGCACUGGCCAUCCUCAUUUGAGCAGCAGAGGCAGAAAGCUGGAGAUUUGGAUCUUCUAGACUGGCUAAGGGCCAUGUUUGGGUUUCAAAGAGAUAGUGUCAGGAACCAGAGGGAGCAUUUGAUUCUGCUUCUUUCCAACGUCCAUAUACGGCUUCACCCCAGGCCUGAGCCUCUUAAUAAGCUUGAUGAUCGAGCAGUUGAUGCAGUCAUGAACAAGCUUUUUAGGAACUACAAAACAUGGUGCAAGUUUUUGGGCAAAAAACACAGCUUAAGGCUCCCUCAAAGUCAACAAGAUGCACAACAGAGAAAGAUUCUAUAUAUGGGUCUCUAUCUCCUUAUAUGGGGCGAAGCUGCUAAUAUCCGGUUCAUGCCAGAAUGCCUAUGCUAUAUUUUUCAUAAUAUGGCAUAUGAACUUCAUGGUUUACUCGCCGGAAAUGUUAGUAUUGUCACUGGUGAAAACAUCAAGCCAUCUUAUGGUGGAGAUGAUGAGUCCUUUCUGCGCAAGGUGGUAACGCCUAUUUAUCGUGUGAUCGAGCGGGAGUCAAUGAAGUGUGCAAAUGGGAAAGCUCCUCACUCAUCUUGGAGUAACUAUGAUGAUCUGAACGAGUAUUUCUGGUCAAGUGAUUGCUUCUCUUUGGGUUGGCCUAUGCGUGAUGACGGUGAUUUUUUCAAAUCCACUCGUGACUUGGUGCAGGGUAGACAAGGCACACCAAUCAAAGCUGGAACCACUGGAAAAUCAUAUUUUGUUGAGACCAGAACAUUUUGGCAUACUUUCCGUAGUUUUGAUCGUUUCUGGACCUUUUAUAUAAUGGCUUUACAGGUUAUGAUCAUUCUUGCAUGGAAAGAUGUUUCUCUUGCAAACAUUUUUCAGAAGGAUAUUCUCCAUCGCAUUUCUAGUGUGUUUAUCACUGCAGCUUUUCUUCGGUUACUUCAAGGUAUCUUGGACAUCGUUUUGAAUUUCCCUGGCUAUCAUAGGUGGAAAUUUAGUGAUGUGCUGAGAAACAUUCUCAAGAUAGUUGUUGGUUUAGCAUGGAGUAUUGUCCUACCUCUAUUCUAUUCAAGUGCUUUUGGUGACACUCCCCAAAGCAUAAGAAAUGCAUUUGCUUUCCUUGAUGGAUUGAAGGGUUUUACGUCAUUGUACAUAAUUGCUGUCGCCGUCUAUUUGGUUCCAAACUUACUGGCAGCAGCACUGUUUAUCUUCCCCAUGCUACGACGCUGGAUUGAGAACUCAAAUUGGCACAUAAUAAGGUUUCUUCUCUGGUGGUCACAGCCAAGAAUUUAUGUGGGGAGAGGAAUGCACGAGAGUCAAUUUGCCCUUCUGAAGUAUACUUUUUUCUGGGUCAUACUUCUUUGUUGCAAAUUUGCAUUUAGCUAUUUCUUCCAGAUACUACCUCUGGUCAAGCCAACAAAAGAUAUAUUGAAUAUUCAUCAUGUUCAGUUCACUUGGCAUGAGUUUUUUCCAAAUGCUAAGCACCAUUAUGGCGCGAUUAUGUCACUCUGGGCACCAGUGAUGAUGGUUUACUUCAUGGAUACUCAAAUUUGGUAUGCAAUAUUCUCAACUAUCUGUGGAGGUGUGAUUGGGGCCUUUGAUCAUCUUGGAGAGAUUCGAACGCUUGGUAUGCUCAGAUCAAGAUUUCAGUCUUUACCAGGUGCAUUCAAUGCAUAUCUGGUGCCUUCUCAGGCUAAGAAAAAAGGAUUCUCUUUCGUAAAGCAAUAUGACAAGGUCACACCCAACCGAAGGAGUGAAGCAGCCAAAUUUGCUCAAUUGUGGAAUGAAGUAAUAGUAAGUUUCCGGGAAGAAGAUCUUAUUAGUGACGGGGAGAUGGAUCUGAUGCUAGUUCCAUAUUCUUCUGAUCCUAGCCUUAGCCAAAUUCAAUGGCCACCCUUUCUUCUUGCUAGCAAGAUCCCCAUUGCACUGGAUAUGGCAGCUCAGUUCAAAUCAAAAGAUGCUGAUCUCUGGAGACGCAUCUCUGCAGAUGAAUACAUGAAAUGUGCUGUACUUGAAUGCUACGAAUCAUUCAAGGUUGUCUUGAAUGCUUUGAUCAUUGGAGACACUGAGAAAAGGAUGAUAGGCCUUAUCAUAAAAGAGGUUGAGAACAAUAUGGCAAAAAAUACACUUCUUACAAACUUCAAAAUGGGUGCCUUACCUACAUUAUGUAACAAGUUUGUGAAGCUUGUGGAAAUCUUGAAAGAUGGUGAUGGAGCCAAACGUGAUAGUGUAGUGCUUUUGUUGCUUGACAUGUUAGAAGUGGUUACUCGUGACAUGAUGGUGAAUGAGAUUCGUGAAGUUACGGAACUUGGUCAUGGCAGCAAGGAUAUAGGGAAACCCACUUUUGCCAAUAAAUCUGCCAUUGCAUUUCCUCCUGUAGUUACAGCACAGUGGGAAGAGCAGAUAAGACGCCUUUAUCUCCUAUUGACAGUAAGAGAGUCCUCCAUUGAAGUUCCAACAAACCUGGAAGCACGUCGUAGGAUAUCAUUCUUCUCAAACUCAUUGUACAUGGACAUGCCACGUGCACCACGUGUUCGGAAUAUGCUCUCGUUCAGUGUCAUGACCCCAUACUAUAGUGAGGAAACUGUCUAUUCAAAAAGUGACCUGGAGAUGGAUAAUGAAGAUGGCAUAUCAAUCUUAUUCUAUCUUCAGAAGAUUUUCCCAGAUGAGUGGAAUAAUUUUAUGGAACGUGUAAACUGUAAAUCUGAGAGCGAGGCGUUGGAGAAUGAUGAUACCACCUUGCAGCUACGUCAUUGGGUUUCUUUAAGAGGGCAGACUCUCUUCCGAACAGUCAGGGGAAUGAUGUAUUACAGGAGGGCCUUGAAACUUCAGGCUUUUCUUGACAUGGCUAAUGAUACAGAGAUACUGGAGGGCUACAAAGUUGUUGCAGAUCCUUCAGAGGCAGACAAGAAGAGCCAUAGAUCUGUAUAUGCUCAAUUAGAUGCUGUGGCUGACAUGAAGUUCACUUAUGUUGCUACGUGUCAGAUAUAUGGACACCAGAAGAGAAGUGGAGAUCGACGUGCUACUGACAUUUUGAAUUUGCUAGUAAACAAUCCAUGUCUCCGAGUAGCAUACAUUGACGAAGUUGAAGAAAGGGAGGGAGGAAAAGUGCAGAAAGUGUAUUACUCUGUAUUAGUCAAAGCUAUUGAAAAUCUUGAUCAGGAAAUCUACCGUAUAAAGCUCCCGGGAACAGCAAAACUAGGAGAGGGGAAGCCAGAAAAUCAGAACCAUGCUAUUAUUUUUACUCGAGGAGAGGCCCUUCAAACAAUUGACAUGAAUCAGGAUAACUAUUUGGAAGAAGCUUUUAAGAUGCGUAACCUACUAGAAGAGUUCAACGAGGAUCAUGGUGUUCGGGCACCUACCAUUCUUGGUGUUCGAGAGCAUAUAUUCACUGGAAGUGUUUCAUCUUUAGCAUGGUUUAUGUCCAACCAAGAAACAAGCUUUGUUACCUUGGGUCAAAGAGUUCUAGCAAGACCUCUAAAGGUCCGCUUCCACUAUGGACAUCCAGAUGUAUUUGACAGAAUUUUCCACAUUACUCGAGGAGGCAUCAGCAAAGCCUCUCGUGGAAUCAACCUUAGCGAGGAUAUCUUUGCUGGUUUCAAUUCAACACUAAGAAGUGGCAACAUCACACACCAUGAGUACAUCCAAGUUGGAAAAGGAAGAGAUGUGGGUCUCAACCAGAUCUCACUUUUUGAAGCAAAAGUAGCCUGUGGUAAUGGCGAGCAAACUCUCAGCAGGGAUAUCUAUAGAUUAGGCCACCGCUUUGACUUCUUCCGCAUGCUGUCAUUUUAUUUCACGACUGUUGGAUUUUAUGUUAGCUCAAUGAUUGUUGUCCUUACAGUGUACGUUUUCUUGUACGGAAGACUAUAUUUGUGUCUAAGUGGAUUGGAGACUGUGAUCAUGAAAUAUGCUAGGGCGAAGGGAAGUGAUCCUUUGAAAGCGGCCAUGACUUCACAGUCCCUUGUUCAACUAGGUCUGUUGAUGGCAUUGCCUAUGAUAAUGGAAAUGGGAUUGGAAAGGGGUUUCAGGACGGCAUUGUGCGAUAUUAUAAUCAUGCAGCUUCAGCUAGCUUCUGUAUUCUUUACAUUUUCUCUAGGGGCAAAGGCCCAUUAUUUUGGGCGCACAAUUCUGCAUGGUGGGGCUAAGUAUAGAGCGACAGGGCGUGGUUUUGUGGUCCGGCAUGAGAAGUUUGCAGAGAACUACAGGAUGUACUCAAGGAGCCAUUUUGUAAAAGCUCUGGAACUUAUGGUGCUGCUGAUUGUUUAUAGAGUUUAUGGUGUUAUGAAUGACGACGUAUCUUACGCGUUGCUGAGCGCCUCAAUGUGGUUUCUAGUAGGGUCUUGGCUGUUUGCCCCGUUCUUGUUUAACCCUUCUGGAUACGAGUGGCAGAAGGUAGUGGACGACUGGGAUGACUGGACAAAGUGGAUCAACAGCCGUGGAGGCAUUGGAGUACCAGCAAACAAGAGCUGGGAAUCAUGGUGGGAAGAGGAGCAGGAGCACCUGCAAUUCACUGGAUUUCUUGGAAAGUUUUGGGAGAUCAUACUCUCCCUCCGUUUCUUUCUGUACCAAUAUGGAAUUGUGUAUCAUUUGCAUGUGUCCAAUGGUAACACGAGCCUCGCAGUCUAUGGUCUAUCUUGGCUUGUCAUUGUAGCUGUUAUGAUCCUUUUGAAGAUAGUAUCAAUGGGAAGGAAAAAGUUUAGUGCAGAUUUCCAACUGAUGUUCAGACUGCUGAAGCUUUCCCUUUUCAUUGGUUCGGUGGUUGCUCUUGUAAUCCUCUUCAGUUUCCUGAGCCUUACAGUGGGAGACAUCUUUUGCAGCCUUCUGGCUUUUAUGCCUACCGCAUGGGCCAUCUUGCAGAUAUCACAGACUUGUAAGCCUGUGGUGAAAGGAUUAAAAAUGUGGGCUUCAGUUAAGGCUCUAGCAAGAGGGUUCGAAUACGUGAUGGGGGUUCUGAUAUUUGUGCCAGUGGCUGUACUGGCUUGGUUCCCCUUUGUCUCGGAAUUCCAGACACGUCUGCUCUUCAACCAGGCUUUCAGCCGUGGGCUCCAGAUUCAGCGUAUUCUCUCCGGUAGCAAAAAGAAAAAGAACGAUUAGUAACGUAGAGUUGUUGUUGUUUGGAUGGAUCAUGGAUGGAUGGAGUACUGAUUUUGAAAUAACACACACCACCAGACAUACAUACAGAGUUGUUGGAAUUGAGAGAAAAGAACCAAGAAAAUAUACUACAACAAUAGACAGAAGAGGGAGGGGAGAAUGGAGAUAGCAUUUUAUAUGACCGGUGGAAAAAAAGAGAGUCAGUCUCAAAAGCAGCAAGCAGGCAAGCAAGCUUAGCUAGUCUCUUGAGUUGCAUAAAUAGUUUCACUCUACCAAGUAACAUGUAUUUGUCGUGUGAUCUUUUCGCCCAUUAAAGAUCAUGCAAAUAAAUGUUCUUGCAUUUCAUAUUUCUUU